UCUACCAGGACACCCCGUGCACCGAUCACUAUUAAUUUACAUAUUUUGGAGUGAUAAGCAUGAACAGAAAGGAAACGAGGAUUGAAGCGUUGCUGAGGGACAUCAAGAGCGGUCGUUGGACGCUCACACAUUUCAGGAGUAGCACUGCCAACAUUACGGUAUUGUGCACCAACGAUGACCGAAAGAUGGUUGCUAAGACGUACAGCAGAAAUACUGCCCGGUUCAUAAACCACGACAUCGUGAAAGCGAGCAUUUCACACCUGUACACACACGGACUGGCACCAAGCAUCGUACUAUCGUACGAUAACGGAUAUAUACGGAACUACGUGCCUGGACGAGCACUGCAUCACGAGGAUGUACAUACGCACCACCAGAUAAUUGCUCGCAAGAUGAGAGAAUGGCACGCGAGCAACCGCUCGGGUGUUUCGCACAUGUUUAAAAACAUGAUGGACUGGUACUGGCACGCACACGUGCACCACAAGGAGCUAUUGGAAGGGCAUGGUGUACGCGAUUUUAUGGUGGAACAGGAGAAGAGGGUGCGUGGAUUGGAGGUGGGCUUCUGCCACAACAACCUGCUAGCCACGAAUAUAAUUGCUCUGAACAGCCCACCCAGCAAAUACGAUCUGGUUGUAAGCACAGAUUCUGAGGAGGACGCUUCCUCAGCACCUGUGGUAAGCAACGUGCAAUUUGUUGACUUUGUACAUUCUGGCGUGAACUACAUCGCAUACGACAUAGCAAACCAUUUCGUUGGACACAUCAGGUAUGCGUUCAGUACGCACGAAGUGCCAUCCGAGCAGUUCAAGAGAGAAUUCGUACAAAGCUACGCAAAUGACCGGUUCAAAGUCAACUGCCGAACUGUUGACAAAUUGAUUGAGGACGUAAAUCUGUUUAUACCGGUUUCGCACUGUUUCUGGGGGCUAUGGGCACUUUUAAUGGAACAUGCUGAUGGUAACGAUGAUGAUUACGUGAGGUAUGCCAGGCAUAGACUGGAAAUGAUGAAUGCAAGCAAUGGCAGGAAAUGAAAUGCUGGUGAGCGAUGUGCACAUUAAAAAUGGUAAGUAAUUGAAUUAUUUGGCGUGUACAAACCUAAAGGGUACUGCAGCGGAUGAAGGUAAAUUUAAAUGUCCGUGCUAUGCGAUGAUCGUUCGUUUCUGAGCUGGGAUAAUUAUUUUUAUGGACUAAGGUACCUCCCAGGAACACAUCGAAUAAAAUUAUUGCAGCCUUCUGCCAGCAUUGAGCAGUGCCCUCCCCUGGGCACUAAAAACGUGCUAAAAAUUUGCAAACAAACGGCAGCAAGCCAUGAUGGUGCUGCGCACCUUAAAGGUCACUUUUAACGGAUACAGAACAGCGCACGUGGUAUAAGCGAUUAAUUUUAGAAAAAAGUAUAAAAAAUGUUGCACUCACCGGUUGAUAAAAAUGCGCUGUUUGUACGGGAUGAUUCACCUGAACUGUGAGAGCGUUCAACUUUUCGUUUAUAACACAUGUGCUAAAACGAAUUUAUGACCUUAGGCACGAUUUUGCACAACAAACCACUUAUCGUGCUACGCUUCCGAUCAGAAAAUACGUAAUGAUGACCAUCGUGGGUAAAGCAUUUGUUUUAUGGUGGAAUUGUGUAGGAUGUGUAGGAUGUAGGAUGUAGGAUGUAGGAUGUGUAGGAUGUAGGAUGUAGGAUGUAGGAUGUAGGAUGUAGGAUGUAGGAUGUAGGAUGUA